CUUGUCUAUGGGAGUAGACAACUGUCGUGAUUAUGGUCAUGAAUGCAGCACUUCAGCUGUAUUAAAUAAAGAAGUUAUUCCUGAAUCAAAUAGAAAAUCUUGCUCUUUCCCAUGGAUAUAAGCAUGGUGUCUUAGAAAGAAUGGUGUAAAGUCUAUCAAGCAAUUAUAAAGAAAGAAGAAUGCCAAGAUGAUGUCAAGUUUACAACGUCAAUCCAUUUCUACGCAUACUAAUAUAAAAUAGAAAUGAGUAUACUGUCUACUUCAUCAGUCGGUUGGUUAAUAUCCCACGAGUCCUACAUUAACAAAAUUUAUGAUACAGUAACUAUUCAAGAUAAAAUAAAAAAAUACAAAAUCAAUCCCAAACUAUUUAAAAUUGAAAAUGGUUUUACAAAAAAAUCAGCAAAAAUUUCAGUUUCAAGUGAUAAUUCAUUUGUUGUUCAAAAUUUUGAAGAUGUGUUGGAUCCAAACGAAGUGAAGAAAUUGUUUAAUAUAUUUAAAGAAGAAACGAAAUUCAGUAAUAUUUUUUCAGAUAAAUCGUCAGUUACAAGAAAUAACGUGGAAGCAACAGAUUCAGCUGAGCAAAUUUAUAAAAAUUCAGGAAAAAUAUUGAAUAAAGUUUUUGGUAAAAAUGUGAGGAGUGAUGCUAUUGUUGCUUCUUUUAACAAUGACUAUUAUUUGUUUCCUCCCAACUGUGAAUUUUUUUCUAAAGACAUAUGUGAGUUACCAUCAGUAAUUGGAGAUAGAGUGUAUGAUUUAAUUUUAUUGGAUCCUCCAUGGUGGAAUAAAUACAUAAGAAGAAAAAGAUCAAAAAACAAAAAGGCUGCAUAUACUAUGAUAUAUAAUGAAGAUUUGAAAAAGCUUCCUUUAGAGAAUAUGAUUAGUGAUCAUGGGAUUGUUGUAGUAUGGUGCACUAAUUCGAAUAAACAUCAAACUGCAUUGUUGAAUGAUAUUUUCAUGAAGUGGCAAGUUAAAUUUUACACAAAGUGGUACUGGAUAAAAAUUACAUGUUCUGGUGCCCCGAUUUGCUCUUUUUCAAAGCCUCCAAGAAAACAACCCUUUGAGCAAAUUUUUAUAGCAACUAAAUGUGCAUCAUUGAAGAUUCCUAAAUCAAAAAUUAUUGUUAGUGUACCAAGUGCUUUGCAUUCUCACAAACCACCUCUUGAAGAGAUUUUAAAGGAAUUUCUUCCAAAUCAACCAAAAUGUUUAGAAGUGUUUGCCAGAUAUUUAUUACCCAAAUGGACUAGUUGGGGUUUAGAAGUGUUACGAUUUCAACAUAAUAGUCUUUACAUCACAGACUAAAAAAUUUUGUGAUAGUAAUAUGAAGAGAAUAGAAAAUUAUUCAUAAGUAUUACUUACCUGUUUUUUGAAAUACACAUCCAAUACUUUUUCGUUUUAAACUAAA